CGGUAAUCGAGCGGAAUUCUCGCUCCCUCCGCCGUGCGCGGCCGCUGCGCUCGGCACUCUGUUGCUUCGGCCUGCGACGCCCUCAGCCGAGGGAACGGCGUGAGGGGGAUGCUCGUUGCUGCCGCUGCCGCUUGAGUGUCCGGUCCUGUCCCGUCCCGUCCCGUCCCGCGGUGCCGGGCAUGGGGCUGGGCUCGAGCUCCGAGGUCCCGAACGGCGGCGCCGAGGGCUUCCACGUACACGGGGUUCAAGAAAACUCCCCAGCUCAACAAGGAGGACUGGAACCUUACUUUGAUUUCAUCAUUGCGAUAGGACACACUAGGCUUAAUAAAGAAAACAAUAUGUUGAAAGAUCUGCUGAAGGCGAAUGCUGAAAAAGCAGUGAAGCUGGAGGUGUAUAAUAUCAAAACAAUGAAAGUAAGAGAGGUGGAGGUGAUCCCCAGUAACAUGUGGGGAGGACAAGGUCUUCUAGGAGCCAGCGUGAGGUUCUGCAGUUUCCAGGGAGCCAAUGAACACGUGUGGCAUGUUUUGGAUGUUGAACCCACAUCUCCUGCGGCUCUUGCUGGUCUCCAGCCGUACACCGACUACAUCGUUGGAUCUGAUCAGAUUCUUCAGGAGUCAGAGGAUUUCUUUUCCCUGAUUGAAUCCCAUGAGGGGAAGCCGCUGAAGCUGAUGGUUUAUAACACUGAAGCAGAUUCCAUUCGAGAGGUAGUUGUGACUCCCAAUGGAGCUUGGGGUGGAGAAGGAAGUUUAGGAUGUGGUAUUGGAUAUGGCUAUUUGCACCGAAUUCCAACACAAUCUAUAGUGUCAAAUAAAAAGCCAGAGAGCAAACCACCUUCACCCUUGCCAGAAGCUGGAACUCCUGUACCGUCUACUAAUGGUUACACAGAGACUCCAUUAUUGGCACCAACUUCUGAGAGUGACAACUCUGAAAUAGUCACAAACUUGGAUCAUUCCUCAGAUCAAGAAAUGAGUAGUUACUCACCAGAAAGCACACUCUCUCCUCCUCCCCCCCUCCAGAGAGUUAUGGAUCCAGGAUUUCUAGAUAUGUCUGGUCUUUCAUUCCCUGAACUCACUGAUGUAUCAAGAGUGUCCAGCAUGGCUUCACCUGCCUCCUUCAACGUGCCAGCAGCAGAUGCUUUAGUGGGCACUGAAGAGUUAAUGAUGUCAAACAAUGACACUUCUGGUUAUUUUGAAAAUGCCACGGCUUUGGACCCUGAAGAUGUAACCAUGUCUUCUGAAGGCUCCGCCAAGCAGCACGAGUUGGACAACCCACUGCCUUCAAUUCCAUCUUUACCUUCUUUUGCUCUUCCUGAUGAAAUUUCUUCAAGCACAACAGUAGGAACUGAUCCCGAUAACGAAGGAGAAAAGCUGCUCGUAGACAAUAUUGAGAGCUCGUUAACCACGACUCCGGUGAAACCAGAUGACGAAGCAGCAAGUGAACAGAGAGAGGAAGAAGCUGCACAAGAUCAUGAGUGAAAUGGAUGCUGCUUUUGUUUACAGACUGUACAUGCUGUAAUGCUACAGCUUGGAAUAUUUUUCUUGAAAUAAUCUUGAAAGAUUUUGAAAGAAUUACAGUGAUUCUAUUUUGUUAGUGUAAGACAAUAUUAUAAAAGAAAUCGUAUGAAAUACAUACCUUACUGUCUUUUCCAAUCGUUAAAUGAUUGAGCAGCUGUGUUGAAACUUUGGAUGCUGCCAAAAUCACCAAUUUAAUGGAGAAAUCAAUGCAGAAAAAAGUUGGAGAUGGGCAAAAUGUUGAGUUCCUGAACUCACAUUUGCCUACAAAUGCUCCUGAAUGUAUUUGGGAAGGCACGCUGCCUGAACACCUAAUGAUGAUUUUCUCAGUAUGAUUGAUGGCAUUAAAAAAUAUUGAUGGUUUUGACUUGCUAGAAAGCUUUUCUAAUGGUACACAUUGAUUUGACAGGUCUUACGUCUUCCACGGCCCUUUCCUACCCCACGUUAUCUUUAUUCCUGUUGUUUUUCUUGUUUUAGCGUCCCUUAUCUGUAACAGUUAUUCACGUACCUUCUUUGCAUCUACCCUAUGGUUUGAAGGUGCAGCAUAUAGAUGGGACAACAUCGUGUGGGUGGGUCCUGUCGUUCACUUCAACUCUUCGAUGGAUCAUGUGGUGAUCGUACAGUUAAAAAGAAGGUGGGGGGAGGAAAUUAUGAGGGUUGUUUGAAACAAACUGAAGUCAAAGAUGAUUUUAGGUCAGGCCCAUGUGUUUUCAGGGUGAUUAACCUCUCAGUGGAGUUGAAUGUGUCUUCGUUUCUGUAGUGACAGAGAAAUGGCUUUUCCUUAGUGAUGCUUUUCUUAGUACCUAUUUCUGGUUUUACACAAAGAAAUGGGGAUGGAAAAUGUUAGUGCAGCAACACCUCUUGCUUUUUGUAGCUUUUUUGUUUUGCACUUGUCUUCAAACAGCUUCUGAAUGUAACAGUAAACAUGAACAAUGAAACGCAUAGGUGUUUCUAUAGGCAUCAGGGCAGCCAUUUAUCAUGGGAUUUUAAAUCUGUUAAUUAAGAAUAACUUCACUAGAGCUGGUACCGUUAGUGUGGUGAGAAUCUUCCAUACAUUAAGAGAAUUAUUUAAAGAAUAAUGUGUUAAGCCCUACCUGCAGGCAGUAGAAUGAAGAGAUUUCAAGUCUGCUCUGCUAAGUGGUGUGUUCAUAGUGAACAGAUUUGUUUCUUCUAUGUCGCUAAAAUAAAUUUCCUCUUCUCCCAACUGACUGCUACAAGGGUCAACGGCCAAACACUAAAAAUAAAUGUAAUUUAAGCUAUUGUUAAGUUUGUUUGGUCUUACAGCCUGUUGACAUCUAAGCAAUCUAUUUGUUGUUUAUUUAGGACUGUUUCUAGUCUUAACCCCUUUGUCAAAACUGUUUUCUAAGCUGGUAGUAGCUCAUUUGAGUGGUGCUGUACUACAAACCUUUAGAAGUUUCAGAGGGGAGAAUGUCAAAACUCACACUAUAUCUCAAAUGUCACAGUAAUAAAAGACUUCAACACUUGCA